GAGGUUUGAGGAAAAAUAACAGCUGUAUUAUUAAUUGCUAGUAAAAAAGUAGCUGAUUGUCAAUAUAAGGUUCAAUAUACUUUUCAUGUCGUGCACUAUAAUGUUUAGCGCAAAUUGUCGCAAUCUGGUAUUUCCAAGAAUUUCCUUUCGGUAUCCUAAUUCGGAAAGUAUGACGCAGAGCUUAAUUGCUUCGCCUGCAUGCACGAUUGGUAGUUUACACCGGGUUCGGUUUUCCGAUGUUCUUACGUUAGUAUACAUAAGCGUCUUUGUGGUGUGUUUUAGCUAUACGUAGGUUUGCUGCUUAAUUAAGGAGAAAAGGUUUUUAUAAAAGAUGUUGCAGAGACGAUUGAGCUUAAUUUUUUAUUUUGAACUUCUCACUUUAUGUACAGUACUGGAUAUUUCAGGCGUGGAAACUUACUCAGUGUCCAGUGACACUAAUACGAAGCUGAAAAACAUUGAAGUAACAAAUAUAAGUGCGUGGUCAAAAUGGACCCCUUGGAGUGGUUGCAGCGCUUCGUGUGGCGAAGGAGCCCGAAUACGACAAAGAUUUUGCAUCCGCAAGAGAGUGCAACCGUGCCAUGGUACAGCCACACAACAUAAGCAUUGCUACGACUUCGUGUGCCCAUCUUAUCUUUCGUGGCCAAGGAUACAUUUUAGCGGAACUCUUAACGCUGACUGCCCGACAGUAAACAACCAACGCUGUCUGUACAAUAACAGUUGGUUUUGCCCCACCUGCAACACCUUUCGGCAAAAUAUGAUUAGCCUUGUUCAAACAAAGGGGCACUCGGAAGAAAAAGUUGUUGCACAAAAAUUCGAAGGAAAUCCAUGGGGAAAUGGUCAUUUUUAUUUUAGCAAUACUGUUAUUACAUCAGCAUGUUGGAAGCCAGGCAAAGAAUGUGACGAGAAUGACUUUCUAGUAAAUCGCAAGAUGACGUACGUGGCACCAGGAAGAAUGGUAGAUCUCGACCCAGACUGGCAAGUCGCGCCCGAGGUUAUUGGUUACGAGAUCAAAAUACCAGGAAUGAUGAUCGCGCUGAUGGAGAAUGGUCCAAGUAGUCAAAUUACCAAAAGGAUAACAAACUACAAGGGUGCUGACCACGGAUCUUCAGCUAAAAUCAAAAGCAAACUGAUUAAAAUUCGAUGGUUGGAUGAUUUUUAUCGGAAGAAAUUCAUGAAUGCCACUUCUCUUUCUAUUUCUUUCGUCAUGGAUAUGUUUUAUUUCAACACUAACCGCGGAAGAAUCACUGGAACAAUCGGUAUGACGUCGGACGAUGAUCCAACGAAUCUUUACGGGGGAAGAGUCAUGCGAGCGUUGGAUUUUAAACGUUCUCCUUCAAGGGAGUACGCAUUUGCUCUCGAUAUCAAAACAAAGAGCGUACUUCUUGAUUGUGGGAACUCCAUACGGUCCGACACAAAAGGAAACUUUGCAAUUAACGACUUAAAGCAUGUUGAUGUGGUGGCGUACGAUCCCGAGCAUAAACUCUGUCGACAUCGUAGUUUUAACUGCAGACAGAGAGCUGUACAUUGUGGUGGUAAAGAUCUUUUCAUGGUCUCUUCAGGCGGGGCACUGGACUUUGUUCAGCAAGGACAGGAUUGGUAUCUCAAGCGUGGUGGUGUCGUUUUAGUUUCUUUGAAAAGCUUCUCCAACAAAGUAAUUGAUAUUCUUUCGCGCACCAGACUUGGAUUGGUCAAUCACACUGUGUUAUACAAUCACCAUCGAAGCAAUCGUUUGGAAUAUAAAUUGUGCGACUUAUUUCCUGGUAAUUGCCGAAAGGUCAAUGCAGCAGGAAAAGGAAGCUGUAUGUUGAUGGGUUUGGAAGAUGAAUACGGGUUGAAUUUUAAAACCAUGGGAGGUUUUACGAAACGCAUCGGCCGAGGGCAGACAUGGGAGGUUCCAGCAAUCGUUACCAGCUUUUCUCGGCCAGUAAGAGGUGCAGCCCUUGGCUUACACAUCCUUCGAACUUCCAAUCGUCUACGUCCAGCCUGUCCAUUCAUCCAAGAUCCUUUGGCCAUGUACUUGGCUCGUCCAAAAAGUGCUUUAAAAUUAAGUGACCCAAUGAUAACGAACAGCAAAGGAAUUGCUAAUCUAACAAUAACAGCUAUACGGAAUCCUGGGAACCCAAGGAAAAAUGGAAUCGAUGGACAGGUAUAUCCACUGGGGCUCACUGUAACGUUCUUCCCUGAAGACGGGAAUCUAGUUAGAAUAGCUGAUGGAGGUGCCAUGUCCGGCUCGCUCUCACCAUCGACUUAUUCGCAAGCCAAGAAACAAUGCAGUUUAACUGCUGUUCGCCACACUUUUGAGUUCACUGUUAGAGUUUUCAGUUCUUUACCAGCGGUAACAAUGCGGAAAACCUGUCCUACAUGGACUGAAGACAUCAGACCCAUAUUUCAACUUUAUUACAAUCUUUUUCCAGUGAUGGAGAAACAUAAUAUCAUCAAUCUACGUAAUAUACAUGACGUCAGGUCGCAGCUGAAUAGGAUUAACAUGUCGAUGUUCGAGUUCGACUGGAAUCAUCCUAAUUUCAUGCCAACCACUCGUGACCUCUCACCAGAUAAGACGGAGAUCGUGAGAAGGUGGCUGGAAUGUGAGAUUACAGGCGGACCGACUGACAAAAACUAUGACAAUAUUUACAGUGAGGCGCGGUACAGUGUGUGUGGUUCGAAGAGAAAUCUGACAAAAACUAUUACCCAUUUGAAAGAAAUUCUUCAGAUGGCUAUUUUCGUUGAGCUAUACACGAUACCGCCAUACAUGACCGCUAUGUUUUCACUAAAACGAGAACGCUUCAAAGAAACUUACUUGAUCCUAAAGGGAAUCGCCACCGAAGAAAUGCUCCACAUGACUUUGGAUGCAAAUAUACUGAACGCUAUCGGAGGCGCGCCAAAUACGACGGAUUUCUAUUGGUUACCAAAUUAUCCAACGCCAUUUCCAAGUUUAGAUUUUAUGCAGUUGCUGCCGAACGUGAUGCUAAAGCUUGAGAAGUUCUCCUUAUCGAUGGUGAAAGAAGUUUUCAGUGAAAUUGAGAAACCAGCAUCGCUUGAAGUUUUUAAGAUUCUUCACUCCGCUUCUCUUUUGUGGGGCGAUCUUCCGGAUGAUGAUGGUGGAAGAUGGAAAUUUAACAACACGACAAACAUAUUAUACGAUACCUCAGCGAAAAUAAAUUCGACUGGUCCUCGCUGGUUAAAAGCCGCUGAAAAGUUGAAUGCAACAAGGAUGGUCAACAAAAACGUAAAUGAUCCCUUUUUCUGGAAAGAUGUAUUUGAGAAGACCACCGACAUGUUGGAACUUCCAGAAAUCGCGGAUGUUUACACGAUUGGAGCUUAUUACACUCAUGUUCUAUUGAAGUUAUUGCAAGCUGAAUCCUGCGUUAGGAUGAGCUCCAUAAACAACACAAUUUUUGUUGGCGAUCCAAACAAACAGUUGACCUCCAAACAGUGGUACGUCACUAAAGGUCUCAGCACUGCUACGCUGUUUCCCGUCACGGGGCUAAAGUCAGCGAUAGAAGCAAUUCUUGAAAUAGUUUACGAAGGCGAGGGAGGUUCGUCUUGCUGGCCUUUUGUAAGUGACAACCCGGAUGAUCACCAACAACGACAACUGAAUCUUGGUGGAAGACAAAUUUCUUCACGCAGAGAAGAGUUUUCGCAUUACAUACGCUUUCAGGAAAUUGUUCAUGGAAGAGAAUUGAUUGAAGUCACCGAAGUUCAACCUCAAUGGGCAUCCGAUCAAUGUUUGCACUUUAAUAACGAAUUGUGUAGACUCCCACAAUCAAAACUGUUAGGGAACGUCCCCCGGUAUUGUUACACGGGAAGAUCGCUUGCGAUAUCUGAAGCCGACGACGUGUGGCCUCUUAAUCUGAAGAAUGAUUAUAAACCUUUCAACCAACCAGACUUAACAAGACAAAAGCCUAACAGCAUCCACGCAGCAAGCACGUUUAAUCAACUGUAUACCUCACUUCUUUAUUGUCUAGAAAUUGCCUUCAACGGAAACCCAACGGGCAUGUCGAAGUGCAUGGGCAACAUGUACGAGUUACUUGAAGCAGGAAGAAAACUUGUUACGCUUCCUUUUUACAAAAAUGGAGACAGUGAGAUUGGACCAAACACGAUGCCGGAAUGGAAAUUCAUCAAAGACGGUUACGAACAAAAGACGAAGAAAAACUAUGCACAACUAGACAUCAAAUUUUGUUAAUUUUUUAUAGAUGUAUAUGUUUUUUUGAUGCUAAUUAAUCCAAGUUGCAGACAAUGUGUUAUAAUAAACGAACCCAUAUUAUUUUG